CGUUAGGUAUAUAAUAGGCAAAGAAGUGGGUUCAGUGUCGAUAAGGAUAGGCUAUGUACCUGCGUACUUCAUAUGGAUUAAAUUCUACCCAGAGCUUCAAAUCUGCGACUGAUAAGGCCCGACCCAUUUCCAGUUCUUGAGGCUGCCUCCCGAUCCCGAUCCUGUUAUGCCGGCUGGCAGUCUUGCAUCUCACCGUUGAGACAACUAAGGAAGUCGAGCGCGCGAGUUGGAUGCUGGGCGAGUUCUUCAAGGUUGGCCAGUCGUCGCGAUAGCACAGUGUGAUUCUGAACGCCGCAGCCCCAACCCCGGCUUCCACAGCUCGUUUGUUCCUUAUAAAUUACGAUACCGUGCCAUUCCUUGAUCCCAUUCUAACCUAUGCCGAGUCUUUCGCCAAUACCGGUCUAGCUACCUCAAUCCGGCCAUACGUGUUCUUUGUGUCGCCCUCUAGACAACGGUCCGCGGUUUUAGACAUACGCAUUGUAUGCGAAUCUGAUGAGUUUCGUCAUGACCGAUAAUCGAUUCCAUACUGCAUCUUUCGACCCUUACGCCUAAUAACAGUAUCCAUCCGAGCACGAAUCGCCCCAUCGCCCGAGUGGGAGUAUUACGCACGCCGAUAUGUCCACCCCCGAGCAUCCCGCGGGCGCCGACCCUUCCUCCGCAACCGCGACCGGCAGCGACCAUCCACGAGGAGCGGAGCCGCAGUCCGAAGGGGACCGACGAGGAGCUAAAAGGCACAUUCGAAAGUGCUGGAUCUGCCAUGAUGAAGUUGAAGCAACAUAUGAAGAGCAAGGUUUCCUGAACGGCUUGCGAAACCGCCGCCCGAGACGACGGUAUGUCACUGAGGAUGGCGACCGGCUCAUCAACCCGUGCCACUGCAAGGGGAGCAUCAAAUACGUCCACGAAGGUUGCCUGAAGAUUUGGAUGAAUCAAAACCCAGAUGCAUGGAGGUGCGGCCGAUGCCGUUACCAAUAUCGGAUGGGAAGGUUUACCUGGGCUCAACGGCUCCGAAGCCCCAUCCUGACGUUAGGGUUGACUAUUCUCAUCCUGUGGAUCACCAUUUUCCUGCUUGGUUUCGUAGCCGAUCCUAUCCUGAGCUUGUGGCUUGAUCCUCUCGGCACCAUAACAGAUUCUGUGGUGUCUAGUCACAUUAUGCUAGAAGACGACAUCGAUCUGCCUCUGGAUAGAACAGGUUGGUUCGAACACUUUCUAAAGGGGUUGUUCUCGCUAGGCCUGCUUGGGUUCGUGAAAGCAUUCCUCAUUACGAGCCCGUGGCAGUGGUGGAAUCUACGGACGAGUGGGAUAAUUGGCGGAGGGGGCCGCCGCCGUGGUGGAACUGGGCGCGACCGGGUGGAGAACAUCAAUCUGGUUCUCGUCCUUAUGGGUGUGGCUACAUUUCUAUACACCGUGUGGAAGACGACCCGGAAAUGGACUGAACGCACUCUUGAUCGCGCAAGCCAGAGGAUUCUGAACGUCCAGGGCGACGAUGAUGAUAGCGAUAGUAGCGAGGAAGACAAUUAGCCUCGAGUAUGAGACGAAUUAACAAAGCCGCGAACGCAUUCCUAUGAUCGAAUACCACGAUCGAAUGUGGUGGUGUUCGUCCACGGUCUUGCAACAUUGCCACGGCAUUCCCACUUUCGAACCAACUUGCACACUCUUAAGUUGCCUUGAAUUUUCUCCUCCAUUUCUUGUCAACUAGUCUGUGUGCAAAGAUUGAUACCUUGUCACGGUCCGGCGGGCGAAGGCGUCUUGCCCUCGCCCACAUACAGACCGGCUCAAGGGCGUCAGGAUCUCCCCGCCCACUGCCGCCGGCUCUUUCUGAGCCAAGCUGACUUGGCUAGCCUUCUCCGUUACGGAUACGAAUUCACAAGGCGCGGCCGGGCAUUCUUCGACACAGACGAGCAUAUGUAGCUGCACAUGUAGUGUUUUCAUUGGCCCAUGUACCUACCCGGCCCCUUUAUUUGGAUACAGAAUGCGCCGAUAUACGUAGGUUCCAUGAAUAUAGAAAUCCAGUCCAGUCUACUACUAUCUGAUUUUACCUGCCUGAGCAGGUAGGUAAGUUGGGCAAGGCACCG